AUGACGCCGAUGCAGGUCUCCAUGGCGGAGUCAACGGCCGCGUCGCAGGUCUUCGAUACUCGUGAGCUCCUAGAGAUGAUCUUAGCGACCCGUAUAGGAGAGCCUUCAAACGGAUCAAAGGAGUUGACACGCUUUAACACUCUUCUCCUUCUCAGGAGGUCCUGUAGGCAGUGGCAUGCAAUCAUUGCUAGGUCGCCGGCGCUGCUUCGUACGCUCUUCCUUGAGCCGGUAACCCAACCAGUAAUGAGGGUCGACAAGGCAUGGGUGCGUCGAGUGCAUUGGCCUGCUUUUUACGGGCCACUUCUCUCGCCCUCCGUGAACAUGCAGCCCACCACGAUUGACUGGAACCCGUUGUUUCCCGAAGAAACCAGCUGGCCAUUCGGGCGCUCCCAGCCGUGGACAGUCAGCCGCAGACCGGGCAGUUACAGAGCAGCCAAGCAUCCAGAAUCGAUGGAGUGUCCGGUCUAUUUCCUCUACUUGCCCACUAACAGAUCCAAAUUGCUUCAAGUGCCCGAGGUAUUCCGAGCUAUGCAGCUCACAAGACCGCCUGUUGAAGCGGCGAGUAUUGGUGCGUGGUGUACCAACGCGGCACACCAUGGCGCUCAUCCAACGUCGUAUGGCGUAACGGUUGCGAAACCCGCAGGUGUGACUCUGGGAGAUGUCAUUCACUACGCGUGCGACAUGCUUUGUCCGAGGCACAGCCUUCACAGCCUCUUCGUGAGCUUCGCUAUUCGUAUGCCAUUCAGCGAGUAG